AUGCACGGCGACAUUGUCGGUCGUAGCCGUACCUCAUAAUCGCAAGUGAAAGGUACAAUAUACGUUGCCGGUUUUGUUUGGAAACAGGAUUGCAUUGCGACGCGCCGCUGUUGAGUAGUCGUCGGACGGACGUCGUCGUUGCGUCGGAGAAGACGAUGGGGCGGCGAAAAUCGUAGCGAGCGCAGUGUGGCGGCGGACUUCUUGCGUGGAGUGCGAAAAAGUGCGAAAAACAACGCGAGGAAAACCAGCGUAGGUGGUGCGGUGUGUGUGUGCAACAGAUUGCAGCGCUGGAAACGAAUUCACGAGAGGAAAAGUUGUAGCGUUAUGUGGCGUGUUCGUAGGAUCCAGAAAUUUUCACGAGAUGAGUGAAAAGUGAAGUGUUUGUGUGGCUUCAGUGCUAACAUGUGGGGCAGUAAUGGACAAAUGAAAAACAAUAUUUUGAGACACCCCUCCGCCCUCGAAUCCAAGGGGUUCUUGAGCGGGAACAAAAAAUGGAAUCCCAGGCCGGCCUCGUGGGCCGCUCCCAACAACGUCAGCAUUUUCCCGUCGCAACAGGGUGGACCAAAAGGCAGCCAGUUCGAUUCAAAGGUCGAUCCAGAGCUGAUAUUCACGAAACAGGAGCUCAUCGGCAAAGGAUCAUUCGGCGAAGUUUUCAAAGGCAUCGACAAUCGAACGACGCAGGUGGUCGCCAUCAAGAUCAUAGAUUUGGAAGAGGCUGAAGAUGAAAUCGAAGAUAUACAACAGGAAAUUAUGGUGCUGUCACAGUGCGACAGUCCUUUCGUCACGAAAUAUUACGGAUCGUACCUCAAGGGCACCAAGCUGUGGAUCAUCAUGGAGUACCUGGGCGGCGGGUCGGCGCUGGACCUAAUGAAAGCCGGCAACUUCGAGGAGAUGCACAUCGCGAUCAUCCUCCGCGAGGUCCUCAAAGGCCUCGACUACCUUCACAGCGAACGUAAACUCCACAGGGACAUCAAGGCGGCCAACGUCCUCCUCAGCGAGAUGGGCGACGUCAAGCUGGCCGACUUCGGCGUCGCCGGCCAGCUCACCAACACGACCAGCAAACGUAACACGUUCGUGGGGACGCCGUUCUGGAUGGCGCCGGAGGUGAUCAAGCAGUCGGCGUACGACUCCAAGGCGGACAUAUGGAGUCUGGGGAUCACGGCGAUCGAGCUGGCGAAGGGCGAGCCGCCCAACUCCGAGCUCCAUCCGAUGCGGGUGCUCUUCCUCAUACCGAAGAACAACCCGCCGCAGCUGACCGGCAGCUACACGAAACAGUUCAAGGAUUUCGUCGAGGCUUGCCUGAACAAGGAUCCGGAAAAUAGACCCACAGCCAAAGAACUGCUCAAAUAUCCAUUUAUUAGGAAAGCGAAAAAGAAUUCGUAUUUAAUAGACUUUAUCGAUAGGUAUAAAAAAUGGCGAUGUACAAGGAACGAAGAAAGUGAAACGGAAUCGGAAAAUUCAGAUUCGGAGGAGCCAAAACAAGAAAGCGACUUGGACGAUCCUUGGAUUAUGACCGUCAAAGGAAACCACUCCAUCAAACUACCCCAAGAAGAUCUUACGCCCAAUCAUAAAAUAACCAACAAAAUUCAAAACGGAUCUGGACCAACCAUAGCCAAAUCGCCACCCAAGGACUCCAACCUUAACCACUACCGACCCGACAAAGCCACACCGUCCGCGAGGCCGCAGUCCGUGGUGCAGUCGCCCUCCGACAACCGAGACAGGGAAAAAGACGCCGACUCGAAAGACAGAGGGAAGAGGAUUUCGCGCGAACUGAGCCCGCUGGACCACCGAGGGGAGCCGGAAGUCGAGAAGAAGCCGAACAGACGUCCGGGAGGGCGGGAACAUUCGAACGGCGGCCGGACCGACUCGCGUUCGCCAUGUUUAUCAGGCGUAAUCUAUCCCUUAAUAUCCGAAUUGCAGAGAAAACAUCAUUAUAAUGGGCGGGCGGCCGACAGCGCUCACAAGUCUAACGAUGCCAUUGAAGAGUUGAAAAAUGCCUUUGAAAUAGCGGAGAGGGCGAGUCCGGGAAUCACGGAGAACUUCAUUAGCGAAAUGGUGAAAAAGUUGAUGCCGAGCGUCACGGAGCAGAGGCUUAGAAGUGUUAUGGAUAAAGUUACAAGAGAUGCGUCGUAGGAGCAGCGGUGAUGACGGAACUAAGUUAGUUUAACCCAAAUUUGUCCUACAUGUUAAUACUUACUGAUUACAUGACAAUAUCUUAAUAUCUCUUGAGCUUAUUACAUAGCACUGGUAGAAUAAGAAUUUGAAAAAAUCUACAACCACACGAUGCAUGCUGUUCUACUCAUUUGUGGUUGACUCGUGUUUCUGUCAGUUCUGGAAUUUAUUUUAACUUGUUAUUGCCAAUGUCCCCCGGGAUAAUGUAUAUAUGUAUAUCUAGAUUGAAUUAUAUAUCAUUAAGAUAAUAUUUUUUUCUUGCAAUGUAUUUUUUUAGAUGUGUAUAUACAUAUUAUGAACAUAUAGUUAUACUUAUUUUAAUUAUCUUGUUUACUGUUCAGUGUCAUCCAGGUUUUGUUUCCGGUGCCGCGGUAAAUGCCCGAGCGGAGCCAUUCGAAACAAGAUGGGCAUUUGCCGGGAGCACGCAUGCGCGCGACGAUCGACUUAAGACUUAGAGUUGUAGGAGUGGUGGCCUGGCGUUGUGCUACGAGUGUAAGUGUAGGGUGUUGGUUGAAAGUGCCCUUUAUUACAUAGACUUGCAUCACAGUGUCAAAGUUUUAUUUAAAGUACGUCUUGUCUGUUUUGUUUAUAAUCCUUUAAUAAAUUGAGUUAGAGUUGG